AUGAGCAUUUCUUGUUUUCCUUCCUUCCUUCCCCGCGCGUCUCCAGGCUGCACCGCUGCAGCUGCAGCUCCCAUGGAGCUCGCGGUGAGAGCCGCGGCAGCUUCCUGCUCCUCCUACCUGUCGCACCAUCCCCCGCGCGCCCUCGUCGCCGGCCGCCUAGGCCGCAGCUCCGGCCUGCCGCUGCCGGCUCGCCGCGUGGCCGUAGCCGCGGCAGCUAUCGCCCUCAACCCGUUUCAGGAGACCAAAACCGAGCAGAAUGACACUUCAGAAACUGAGGUGUUCGCUUGCCCUGUUUGCUAUGAACCGCUGAUAAGGAAAGGGCCGCCAGGCAUGAACCUGCCAGCGAUUUACAGGUCCGGAUUCAAGUGUACAAAAUGCAACAAGUCAUUCACCAGUAAAGAUGUCUUCUUGGAUCUCACUGUCACCUCAGGAAUGAAAGAAUACAGUGAACUCAAGCCUGCUAGAACCGAGCUGUUCAGGAGCCCGCUCGUCUCCUUUCUUUACGAGAGAGGUUGGCGUCAGAACUUCAAUCGGAGUGGCUUCCCUGGCCGCGACGAAGAGUUCCAAAUGGCUCAAGAUUAUUUCCAACCAGUCGCUGGAGGUAUACUUGUUGAUGUCAGCUGUGGCAGUGGCUUGUUUUCGAGGAAGUUUGCAAGCUCUGGGACAUACUCAGCUGUGAUUGCUUUGGACUUUUCUGAGAAUAUGCUCCGCCAAUGCUAUGACUACAUCAAACAAGAAGAAACUCCUAUGAACACGAACCUUGCACUUGUAAGGGCUGAUAUUUCGAGGCUCCCUUUUGCUUCAUGUUCAAUUGAUGCCAUUCAUGCUGGAGCCGCUAUACACUGUUGGCCAUCCCCAUCAAAUGCGAUAGCUGAAAUCAGCCGUGUGCUGAAGCCCGGCGGUGUAUUCGUAGCGACAACCUUCUUAUCCACCCCCACAAACAGCGGCCUGUUCUCUAUCGAUGCACUAAAGCCACUGAGACAGAUUGUUGGGCCAGUGAACAGCAGCUACAACUUCUUCAUGGAAGGGGAGCUGGAAGACCUGUGCAGAUCCUGUGGCCUGGUGAACUACAGCAGCAAGGUUCAGAGGUCAUUCAUCAUGUUCUCCGGGCAAAAGCCGUAG